CUUGAUUCAGAGAAUUCAGUCCAAAACCCACCAAUUCUAGGGUUUUUCUGCAAUUUUUUCAAUCAACAGUUGAGAACCCACCUUUCUCACCCAAGAAUUCCACCAAAGCCAGUAAAUUUCUUUUCCAUUUCGUCGAUAAUUAUGGAACUACCGGCGACCCCAAAUGCCAUUCCUCAAAAAGAUGGCAAACCUACAAGCACCCCAAAGAGAAAGGUCCCAACACCACAAGAGCUGAUAUCCCACUACCAGACUCAGGGCCUGGAUUCCCAAGAAGCCUCCGUCAAGGUCAUAGAGGAUCUUCAGAAUGUGCUAUUGCGGGUCAUCUCCUCCAACAACAAGUCCAAGAAGGACAAACUCAUACUCGAGACUUCAAGAAAGAUGGACAGCCUUAAUGGCAGGCUUGCUGUUGUUGACAUGAAGCUCGAUUCCAAGCCUGGAUAUGCCGAGACUUUUGCCAUUGGAGUUGCUUCCGGGGCUGCUUUCAAUGGCAUUGCUGCUGUUUGGCCUCAUGUACUUCAGGGUGUAACCCAGAUUUGGACUGCUGUAAGGAAUGCUACAAAACCAUCUUCUACGCCUUGAAUUGAACAUUUCAGUUAUUAUUUUCUAUUCUCGAAUAUUUUAAUUUGGAUACCUUAGCCUCAUCUUGGAUGUUUUCUGCUUUUACCAUUUAGCUGGCUGCUACUUGGCCAAAUUGAGAAUCAAGUUCGCUAGAUUUC